AUAUAUGCAAUAAACAGUUAUUUACACCAGCUGACUUGAUUUGCAACUUUCGCUUCGUGUUUUUGCAAUUGGUGUUUUAAGAGAUUGGUCUUACAAGAGAAUGCAAGAAGUAGGAUUGUACGCAAAUUGAAAGCAAUUAAUAAGAAACCCAUCUGAGAGUCUGGUGGUGGUGAACAAAUUCCAUACUACGACUGCUGUAUGUUAGCCUAACUAUAGGAUCGACAAGUGACGUAAAAACGAUUAAUUAUUGUCUGUGCCUCUAUUGGUAUAUGAAACAAAGCAAUUGUGUUGUUGUUAUGAACCUGAAGGUCAGCUUCCCAUUCUUUAACAGAAGUUUAAAGAUGCCAAGCCAUCUGGUCACCUAUUUUCUGGUCCUGCUCACGGCGCAGCAAGCAUCAACGAUCAAAAACGAAGCGACUAGUGAGGACGUUUAUCGAGUUAUUGAAGAUGAAAUGAAUGAGAUGUUGAAGGAUAUCGAGUACGGCAGUUGGACGAAGAAAAGGCCUUGUAAAAACUCUUGUGAAAGAAUUCAACAUAAAAAGGAUACGGGCGAGUGCUACUGUAACUCGAAAUGUGAAAAGUUGGGUGAAUGCUGUUUGGAAUACUGGAAGAGCUGUAAUGCAUCGUUCAAGCAGGUCUAUGGAAGACCAACCCUCUUCAGCUGUGUGGUACCUACAUUUCUUUUUUCCAAUGACACAAAGAUGAAGGAUCCUAAAGAAAUGGGUUAUGAGGUUGUUACAAGAUGUCCGCAUAACUACCCGGACAAGAGUAUCAAAGAGUCUUGCAAAAUUUCAGCCGACGAAAACAAUGACGUUUUACCAUUUGUAUCUGAUGAAGAUGGAAGAGCUUACAAAAAUGAAUUUUGUGCUAUAUGCAAUAACAUCCCGCAUUUUCAGCAAUGGAGGACUGCCUUAAAGUGCUUUGACGCAAGUUUUACUAAUUUUGUUGAAGUAAAACUGAACGAAUCAAUUAUUCAGUUCACAAGGAAAGAAAGACAGAAAGUGCGCGAUAGCUGCGUAUUACAAAUGGCCCCUCCGGAAGAUGUCAAGAGCAAAUUGUGUGUUCCUGCUAUCGAGUGUGACAAUAAAACACACGAAGACUUUUGGAAAUGUAAACUAUACAAACUACCCGUGUACUACCAUUUGGAUACUAUAGUGUACAAGAAUCCUCACUGUGCGAGAUGUAGUGGCAUUGACUUGUUCGAUCUCUCAGUAUUCUCACUGUUCACACACACACAAUCCAGUCUUGGUGUGCUGUUUGACUUUUCCAAAGCUUCUCGAAUAUACAGUUUGAAGGACCCUAUAGAAGUAACAGAAGAAAGGCAAUGCAAGGAAAAUGAAAUAUACGAUUUUCAACUCAAAUCUUGUCGCACAAAACAACAUUCAUACAAGGCUAUCAGCAGUAACUGGACAUGCUCUUACAUGAACGAAACAUUACCGAACACCAGCUAUUACAUCACGAUCAACGAAAACCAAACCAUCUACGUCAAGUCCCACAGUAAACUGUAUCGUCGUGGGGAAUAUUUUUGGCACGAGGGAAACGUCACAGUCUGUGGCAAUUUGACGACGACGUAUCAGGCAAAGAUCAUUAAACGUCUUGACAGGCUCUAUUCCAUGGCUGAAUAUGUCAUCACGAUAGUUGGACUAACUUUGUCAAUUCUUGCAUUGAUAGCUGUCCUCGUGACGUAUCUCAUAUUUCCCGAGCUCCGAUGUCCAUUACCCGGAAAGAUAGUCAUCAAUCUCUCCAUCGCCUUGAUGUUGGCCCAGAUCGUUUUCCUCUUCGACAUGUUCUUUCCCAUCACCGGAGGAGGAUGCAUGGCCCUUGCAAUUCUUCUCCAUUUUCUUUAUCUGUCCGCGUUCUCGUGGAUGAAUGUAAUGGCUUUUGACGUGUCCAGGACUUUUGUCGGAAAAAGCCAACGUUCUCGUUCCGGUUCAAGAAAGAAGAUUUUUCUUUUCUGUUCUCUCUAUGCUUGGGGUGGACCGUGUAUUGUAACGGGCGUAACAUUGCUAAUAGAUCAAACGGGGCAAUGGAAGUGGCUUAUGCUGCAAUCGGACAUUUCGAAUUUCAAUUUUUUUCUUAAAGGGAACAACUAUUACUGCUGGAUCACUAAUCCUGUUGUACUGAUGAUAUUCUUUGCCGUCCCAGUGGUCUUGAUGUUGUUGUUCAACAUUGUUGCGUUAGCUAGAGUUCUAGUGGCCGUAAGAAAAGUACGAAAGGUAACCAAAAAGGUGCGCGAUACGUCGACCGCCGCAGAAGACGUGCGCAUGUGCUGGAAACUGACCGCAGUAUUCGGUCUCACGUGGAUUCUUUGCCUCGCAGCCGAGCAUCACGUGUCGUUAAGGAUCAUUUUCGUUAUUCUGAACUCCUUGCAAGGAGUGUUCAUCAUGAUUGGCUUUAUUCUCACGAGGAGAGUUCUCAGAAUGUACAAAAAGAAAGCCGGAAGAGAGUCGUUCAGCAUUAACACACCUAACUCAACAAGACGAUAUACAUUGUCACGUGUCGAGAACGGCAGGAAGACAAGCUCGAUUCCUAAAGGAGCAAGGAAGUCAUUACAAAAGCGUCGCGACACCAAGGAACAUGCGGAGGAAGCAGAAGAUAAAACGCUGUUGCAGAACACCAGUGCUACUCCUCUUAUAGAUAGCACGAUGAAAGAGAAGCACAGAGAGCCAUCUGAAGAAAUACAUCAAGAAGUGGAUCUGGCCACAGCAAAACUUAUACAGAGGAUAGAAGGCCCAGAAACGGAUCUGUAAUAUAUAACAUGUAAUUAUUUUCCCCUGAAAAUAUCAAUAUAACAUAUAAAGAUAGUAGAUCAAUAUACCAUAUAAAGAUAGUAGAUCAAUAUACCAUAUAAAGAUAGUAGAUAAAGAUGCAUUGAAUGUAGAAUAAUAGAGCAAAGCAACGAAUUAUUAGCGCAAUAGACGAAUAAUAAAUAGCAAACUUUUACUGAAAAAUA